AUGUAUAAUUCGAAAAAUUUGCAUAAUCCGUCAAAAAAAUUGAACAUCAAUACUUCUUCCAACUUAAAACAAACAACAUGUAAAUUAUUCGUUGGUAAUUUAGCUACACAUACAACAAGUACACAUCUUCAAUCGAUAUUUCAUACAUAUGGACAAAUAAUUGAAUGUGUUAAAGUACGUGAAAGAUAUGGUUUCGUUAGAUUUUCAACAAACGAAGAAGCACAACGAGCAUUAAAUGCUUGUAACGGUUUACAAUUAAAUGGCUAUCCAAUGAUUGUUGAAUAUGCUCAAAAUGAAAUUCUUAUUAGUCCAAAAUCACCACGUACAACAUCGAAUCGAUAUCAUACAAAAAAAGUAACAACACCUAUAUCAAUAAAUAAGAAUAAGAAUAAUAGUACGACAACAACAACAACUACUACUACUACUACUACUAAUAGUAAUAGUAAUAAUAUUAAUAUUAAUAAUAAUCAACAAAAUGAUGAUAUACCAUUAUCAACAUCAGAUUCAAAUAAAUUUCCAUCAUCAAAUUUAAAUCCUGAUGCUUCAUCAUUUACAUUAACUUGUUCAACAAGUGAUUAUUAUUCUCAAUCGGAUCGACCAUCGAGUCGUUCAUCAUCGGAACGAUCAAAUAGUUUAUCACCAUCGAUACUUUCAGCAACAUUACCAUUAUCAUAUUCAGAAGAUGAUGAUGACGAUGAUGAUUGUCAUAGAAAGAAUAUCAAUGAUAAACGACAAGCAUUAAAUCUGUUUAUUGGUGAUAAAAUUCUGAGUCUAUAUGGAUCAAAUGUUGAUGCAAAUAAUAAUCAAACAUCAGCACCAUUUAAUGGUCGAGAUAUUGAUCCACGUGAUCCAGUAUUUAUAUGGAAUUUUGCCUUUUAUCCUGAUGUAUCAAUAAGUCCAUUCGUAAAACGCUCAGAUAUUAAAACAUUACUCGAACGUCGAGUUUCACUUUAUUCACAAUAG